AUGAACGAGGAUCUUUUGAGUUGCAAACGCGAGGCUGUGGCAAUGACACAAAUGGAACAACCACCGUUGGAUGAAAAUAGCAAGAAAAAAGGCUAUAUUAAACUCAUGAAGGAGCUAUGGGAUGCGAAAGGAUAUAAUGAUUUUGGCUUCUCAAGCCCGAAUUUGCGUGAUCAAGCUGCAAGGCUCGACAAAUCUUUGGAGCCGGGGGACUCGAGAAAC